AUGAGCUCCAUGAACGAGGGCAAGAAUGACGGCGCCCGUGAGGAUGAGCUUGACCUCGACCAGGAAGACCAAGACCAAGACCUGCCCGCCCACACCAAUGGGCAUGUUACCACCAACGGCGCGGGCCCAACGAGCCACCUAGACACAGAUGAUCUCGACGAGACGGGGUCGAAUCAGUCGGAUGAUGUACCUGCCAUCGUUACCGACCCUGGCGACGUGGGCCCCCAAGAGGAUAUCACUGAAGAAGAUGGCGCAUCCCAGUCCUUGCCCCGUGCUGUUCCAGGCGCGGAAGAUACAUCGUCACUACCAGACGAUACGCCGUCCCUUCAUGGCUCCCUACGCUCGUCACCCGGCAGCAGUGCCUUUGCUCUCCGAGAGUCUUCAGCAUCCAGCCCCAGCCCAGCUCACCGUCCAUUCGACCUCCGCUUCCAGUCAAGACUGUCGUCCUCGUCAUUCAGCAGCCCUCGAGCAUCGUCUCCAUUCAUUUUUCAUAACCAUUCUCGGAAUUCGUCUUUUGCCAGCCAGCCCUUCUCCGCAACGGCUGAUCUCGAGCAUGAGCCGCAACAGGCUCCCUGGGAAGUGGUCAGGUGGACUAAACUGCGAAAAAUUGGUGGACAAUCAUUUUCGGAGCUUGGGAGGCGCAAUUUCGGACAGCCAACGUGUAUUUCAGUCUCUACCAUGAUCGUCUUGGGAACGUCCAAGGGCAUAGUUCUCGUCUUCGAUUAUCAACAGAAUUUGAAGACGAUUGUUGGUUCGGGAACGAAAGCUGCCGAAGCAGGUGCUGUUACGUCAAUUGCCAUGUCCGCCGACUAUACGACUGUUGCCGCGGGCCAUAUGUCUGGCGAUAUCUUCACCUGGGAAAUCUCCCGGGCUGCCCGGCCCUUCCUUCACAUUCCGCCAAUACAGACUCGGCAACAUGAAGAGCUUUCUGUUGAUGGCCACAUUACUGGUGUCUCUAUCCUUCACCUCGGAUUUCUAGGUACAAGACGUACUGCCCUAGUUUCUGCCGACGAUCGCGGCAUGGCCUUCUCCCACUUGGCGACGCGAGGUAUGGGUGCAGUGGGAAGAACGGUCAAGACUACCAGAAUAUUGGGUCGUUAUCCUGAGUUUUCGUUGCAGAACGCCCGGCCUCGCAAACCUAGUUCUGUCCUGGCCUUCUCUGCUCUGCCCCUGGGCAACGUCGACCAGCCGACCGACGGUUUGGGUCUUGUGGCAAUGCUAACCCCGUAUCUUCUUGUUAUUGUGUCCACAACGCCUGUCGCACAGACACAGUACAAGUCACCGCGCCCCAAAGAAGUCGGUUCACACAAUGUCAUGAGCGCUGCGCUGGCCUGGUUCCCUGCAAUUAAGUUGAAAGGGAAGGACGAAGUUUCACAGACAAAACUUGUAUAUUGUUGGUCCAAUGUGUUGACCGUACUAGAAGUGUUUGAAUCCGAUUCUGACAGUGGUUCAACAAAAGACCGCCCCCCUGUACUCGAAUUCCAUCCUCGAAGCCGGUGGAGGGCCGAUGAAGCUAUUGUAGCUGUACAGUGGCUAAGCCGCUCGGUUAUGGCUGUGUUGACAAUCACACAGCAGCUGCUGAUUCUGGAAGACAAAACACUUCGCGUAACAGACUCUUUUGAUCUCCUCCACAAACAUAUAUACCACGUCGAUUUGUUUUCGUCUCAGCUGCACUCGUUGGUUGAGCAAUACGAUGAAAACGACGCCUCCAUGCACGGAGUUGUAGCGGAUGCUUUCCACCAAAGUUUUAAGGCCUACAAAGGGCGGUUGUUUCUUCUUGGAUACAAUGAUUUGUCUGUCGGUAGUCUUUCUAAUUGGGCUGACCGACUCCUUGCCUAUAUGGAAGUCGGAGAUUUUGUCGCGGCAAUAAGGCUGGCGACAACAUACUAUCAAGGUGAUGCAGAGAAGUUGACGGUCGGCCUCCCUGAAGAAGACGAUAUUCGGCACUCCGUUGUUGGCGAGAAACUUCUUGAAAUGAUAUCAGCUUCGCUUAGGUUCGCCUUUGGGAGAAAUCAAGAAGCAGGCGCAGAGCGGGUUCAAAAAUCGCAGUUAAAAGAUCUAGCCGAUGCUAGCAUUACAUCAUGCACAUGUAUAGAAGACUACGACUUUCUGUGGGAAGAGGUUUACGAGUGGUACGAAGAGCAUGAGUCCGAAGGUAUCUUCUUAGACGUCCUCGAAAAGUUCAUCAGAGAAGGUCAAGUGAGAUCUAUCCCGCCAACGGCUUUCAAAGCCCUGAUCACUUACUACUCAACCAAUCAUACAUCAGCUUGGCUGGAGGAGGUAAUUUGUCUCCUUGAUCCUACUACCAUGGAUCUGGAACAAGUGACUAUGCUGUGUAAGCAGCAUAACCUCUAUGAUGCCUAUGUUUAUGUCUGGAACCGCGUUCUGGGAGACUAUAUUGGGCCGUUGGAAACACUUUUGGAAUUUGUGAUCCAGAUAAUGAAAUCAACGACAGAUGGCAAUGACAGUGCAGAUAUUGGUGCAAAGGACUAUGAAAAUGCGAUGAAAAUAUUCCCAUAUCUUUCAUUCGUUCUCACAGGGCGCAUUUAUCCGACUGGGGAGGAAUUGGAGGAAGAUGAUGCCACUAAUUCGAAAACAUCGCUAUAUACCUAUUUGUUUUCAGGCGGCCGUUCUGCCUCUUCUGGCCAAAAGAAUCCUGCCAGUUCGCUUCAGACGAUCCUCAAGUUUGACUCUUCUAGCUUCAUGAGUAUGUUGAAUGAAGCGUUUGAAGACAGCUUUUUAAAUGAUUCAGCCGAUUUAGCGGACGGUUCACCAGCGCCUGGUUUACGCAUGAAUCGACAAUACGUUAUUAGCAUCCUACUAGAUGCUAUGAGAAGCCCUGAAUUUGGACCCCUUGAAACCAUUUAUUUGGACAUGUUCAUCGCACGGAAUCUUCCAAAAUACCCACAAUACAUCUUACUUUCUGGAACGACACUGCACCAAGUCCUUGAACGACUAUGCCAGUGCCCUAACAAGGAAAUGGCUGAUGAUUGCGAAUUGAGCGUGGAAUAUCUACUCUCCGUUUAUCAUCCACCUGAUAUCCAAAGCUUGAUUCCAUUGUUGAAAGAGGCACAGUUCUUUCGCGUUCUCAAAUCUACGUAUCGCGCAGAGAAGCGAUACCCUGACUUGAUCCUCAUCUACCUAGAAGACACGAGUGAACGAGAGCAAGUAUUCAAAUGUAUUUUUGACUGUCUGCGAUCGGGAACUGGGCUCAAUAACAAGCAACAGCGCGACGUUAUUCAAGUCAUUAAAAGCCAUCCUCGUGAAUUAGCACUCAUCGAUGUGUCAGAAGCUGCUCGUACGAUCCAGAAAGUCAUUCCUUCUCUCCACCCAUCCUUUCUGGAAUCAUUGAGUCAGGACGAUUACAAGCAAUUCCACUACUUGGCGACGCUUCUUGAGCCAGAAAUCUACAAUGCUGGCACGAAAACUGUACCUGCAGAGUUAGAAAGUCCGAUAGUCGAACGUUACGUGCAACUCCUGUGUCGUUACAAUCGAUCUCACGUGGCGGAUUUUGUGGACGCCCUGCGAGCCCAUGAGUUGCGUUUGGAAGAAGUCCUCCCCGCGAUGGAAAGUAGUGGCGUUGUCGAUGCUGCUGUUGUGCUCCUCGCACGGCAAGGUGAGCUGCGUCGGGCUAUGGAUCGUCUUCUAGCUUACCUCGGCACCCUUGAAUCUGGGCUCGUUGGGAUUUUUCGCAACGCAGAUGACUCGCCUGAUUCAGCCGGCACUGCAGAGGCGAUUAGGGAUCUUCUCGAGAGCCUAGAGAAAUACUCUGGGGUGGGUAUCUGGCUGUGUCAGGGACGAACCCGGACUUCCAAAUCAAAGCAGAAUGGAACCACGCGAGGCAAUAAACGCGUCUCGGUCGCUCUACAGCAGCCACUGACAUUUGAAGAGGAGCUCUGGCUAGAUCUUAUUGACGCUAUUGUGCGGAUUGUGAGAAAUACAUCCUCACUACUACCUAAAGAUUCUAAGUCAAAAUGGGCCUUGCCCUCUGGUGACGAAAAGCACAGGGCCGAAGGCACUGGAGGAGAGAUAAGUUUUGUGUUCCGCCAGCUGGUACAGAGAGUUUUCACAGCUCUUCUGAGCUGCACAACAACUACAGGGGAUCCUUCAGAAAGCGCUCAAGUGUCCUUUUUGCGUGUUCUUCGCGCUUUUCUGGCGCGUGCCGCAAGUUCUUCGCCUUCGCUUUCGGAACUACGUAGCGUCCUAGCCUCGAUCUUUUCAACAUAUACAUAUGAAGAGUCACUUUUGUCGCUGGCCAAUGGGAUGCUUGAUAAAGAUCUUUUCGUCCACGUAGAUGAAGUUACAAAGCUACGUCAGCGCGGGUGGCGUCCAAGGGGUCAGGUCUGUGAAGUCUGUCGCCACCGUAUAUGGGGCCCUGGCGCUGGGGCAUCGAUAUGGACAGCCUGGGAAAGAAGGCGGGCCGAGGGAGAAAGGGAAAGAGCAGACAAAAGCCUCGACCAUGACAAUUCACUUGCCAAAGGCAAAGGCCCCAGCAAGAUCGAAGAGGAAGUGAAGUUGACAGUCACCACACCUGACGGCGAAGAACUUUCAAACGACGCUAUGUCCAAGGAUAAGACACAGCCGAACUCGGGGCCCGUAGUGGUAUUUGCCUGUCGACAUAUCUGUCACCGUGACUGUCUCUUGAAUCGGAACCCCGAGGACGAAGGCGGCCUAGAAGAGUCGUCGCACCUACGAACCUCGCUCAGACCCGAUGCGGGUUGGGAACUUGUGUGUCCAAUAUGCACAUAG